ACAUUGACAAAAAUCGGCAGUAUAUUAAAUGUUUAAUUGACAUUGUUAUAUUUCUUGGGCGGCAGGGACUUCCAUUUAGGGGUCAUCGUGAAAAUGAAGAUGCUUUAAAUAAAGGUAAUUUUAAAGAGCUGUGCAUGUUGUUUUCAAAACAUCAUAUUGAGUUUGAGAAAAAAUAUAUUUUCAACUCAACUAACCAUACUAGCUGGGCCAUUCAAAAUGAUUUAAUAAAUAUUUGUACUUCAUAUGUGAGAGAUAAUAUUGUUUCUGAAGUUAAAAAGUGUGGCAUGUUUUCCAUUUCAUGUGAUGAAUCCAGAUCUCAUAAAGAAGAGCAAAUGUCCAUCUGUAUCCGUUAUACAAACAAUUUAGAGGUGAAAGAACGUUUUUUAGGAUUUGUUGAUGUAUCAUAUAGACAAAAUGCUGAUGCAUUAUAUUCAUCUAUUAUCGACUUUUUACGUUUUUGUAAUUUAUCUGAUAUUCCAAUUGUUGGCCAGUCUUUUGACGGAGCAAAUGUAAUGUCUGGUCAGAAAGGAGGUGUCCAAACUAAACUUAAGCAAAUUUAUCCAUAUGCUAUAUACAUUCAUUGUAUGGCACACAAAUUAAAUUUAGUGAUUGUGGACACAUGCAAAUAUUUGAAGUAUCUUAGAAAAUUAUUUAAUGGACUAGAAGCGAUAUACGUACAUUUCUCAUAUCCUUCAAAAAAUAAAAAAUUCAAUGAAAUUCAAAAUCUACUUGGGUUGAAAAAAAAAUCAUUAGUUCAGUUAAGUGAAACAAGAUAGGCCUGUCGUUUUAAAAGUUGCAGCUCAGUCAUACAAAAUUAUGGUGUAUUAAUUCAGUCUUUAAAAGAGGAAAUUGAUGCUCAAAAAAAUAAAGAUGUCGCUGAAGCAAUUGGUAUUAUUUCAACAAUUAAGUCUGUUGAUUUUGUAAUAUAUUUAUUCAUAUUAAAGGAAGUCUUACAAAUUAUUCAUAUACUAUCAAAUCAUCUACAAUCAAAAUCAGCAACCCUGGGUAAUUCUAAAUCUUUAAUAACUGGAGUAAUUACAACUUUACAAGAACAUCGUGAUUCUGAACAACAUUAUAAUACACUUUGGAAUGAAAUGCUUGAA